GUCCAGUCCUCGUUGUGUUGACAUCGUUUUUUCAUCGUUGUGAAGUGAAUUGUUGAUUUUUUUGUUUAAUCUGUUCCUGUUGGCUGUAGUUGUUGCUGCGAAUCAUUGAAUACUGUUGCACAUCUUUAUUAAUAAGCUCUUUUUUUGAACACGAUACUUUUCGGCUGUGAUAAAUACUAAAAAAAACCUCGUUCAUCAUGGCGACUAUGCCUUUGAACCCCAAACCAUUUUUAAAUGGGCUGACUGGUAAACCUGUAAUGGUUAAGUUAAAAUGGGGCAUGGAGUAUAAAGGAUAUCUGGUUUCUGUAGAUGGAUAUAUGAAUCUACAGUUGGCUAAUACAGAGGAAUUUAUCGAUGGUGCUUUAACUGGUAACCUAGGAGAAGUUCUGAUAAGAUGUAAUAAUGUGCUUUAUGUGCGUGGAAUUGAAGACGAGGAAGAAGAUGGUGAAAUGAAAGAUUGAAAAAGAUGUAUGCCAUUGAUAGAACACAUCAAGCAUAUUGUGGUAAUAACAAUUGGAUUUAGUACUGUUAGUCAAACAAAUUUCUUUAUGGUUUUUCAACUAUUUAGAGAAGUAUUAAAGAUUAUGUAUCAUUGUUUUACAUAAAAAAA